CGCCGCCGGGCCGCGCGGCCCCGCCCCCCGCGGUCACACCACCCGCUCGCCCGGCGCUGCGUCAGCCCGACAAGAUGGAGACCGCCGAGGAAGAUAUAUGCAGAGUCUGUCGGUCUGAAGGAACUCCUGAGAAACCCCUAUAUCAUCCAUGUGUGUGUACUGGCAGUAUUAAAUUUAUUCAUCAGGAAUGCUUAGUUCAGUGGCUUAAACACAGCAGAAAAGAAUACUGUGAAUUAUGUAAGCACAGAUUUGCUUUCACACCAAUUUAUUCCCCAGAUAUGCCUUCACGGCUUCCAAUCCAAGACAUCUUUGCCGGACUGGUUACGAGUAUUGGCACAGCAAUACGAUACUGGUUUCAUUAUACACUUGUGGCCUUUGCAUGGUUGGGAGUAGUACCUCUUACUGCAUGUCGUAUCUACAAGUGCUUGUUUACUGGCUCUGUGAGCUCACUACUGACACUGCCAUUAGAUAUCCUGUCAACGGAGAACUUACUGGCUGACUGUUUGCAGGGCUGUUUUGUGGUAACAUGCACCCUGUGUGCAUUUAUCAGCCUUGUUUGGUUACGUGAACAGAUCGUCCAUGGAGGAGCACCACAGUGGUUGGAACAAAAUCAGCAACAGCCACUCAAUGGUGUUGGUCAACAAAAUGAGGCUCAGGCUGUGGUAAAUGGAGGUGUUGAAAAUGCUGUCCUUGAUCAACCUGCCAACCCAGCUGCUGAGAAUGCAGUUGUAGGUGAGAACCCUGAAAUUCAAGAAGAACAAGUAGAUGAAGAGGAGGAGGAUAAUGAAGAUGAAGAAGAUGCUGUAGUAGAAGAUGCAGCAGAUGCAAACAAUGGAGCACAAGAUGACAUGAACUGGAAUGCUUUGGAAUGGGAUCGAGCAGCAGAAGAGCUCACUUGGGAGCGAAUGCUUGGACUUGAUGGUUCUCUGGUUUUUUUAGAACAUGUCUUUUGGGUGGUAUCUUUAAAUACGUUGUUCAUACUUGUGUUUGCAUUUUGUCCGUACCACAUUGGUCACUUCUCCAUUGUUGGCCUGGGCUUUGAGGAAUAUGUUCAAGCAUCUCACUUUGAAGGCCUGAUUACAACUAUAGUCGGAUAUGUUCUGCUAGCAGUGACUCUAAUUGUUUGUCAUGGUUUGGCAGCACUUGUUAAGUUCCAGCGAUCACGACGCUUAUUAGGAGUUUGCUAUAUUGUUGUCAAGGUUUCCUUGUUAGUAGUGGUUGAAAUUGGUGUGUUUCCUCUCAUCUGUGGCUGGUGGCUGGAUAUAUGUUCUUUGGAAAUGUUUGAUGCCACUUUGAAAGAUAGAGAAUUGAGCUUUCAGUCUGCUCCAGGUACCACAAUGUUUCUGCACUGGUUGGUUGGAAUGGUUUACGUCUUUUAUUUUGCAUCCUUCAUUCUUUUACUGAGAGAGGUAUUGAGACCCGGUGUCUUAUGGUUUCUCAGGAAUUUGAAUGAUCCAGACUUUAAUCCUGUGCAGGAAAUGAUCCACUUACCCAUUUAUAGACAUCUCAGGAGGUUUAUCUUAUCGGUGAUUGUCUUUGGAUCAAUUGUACUGCUCAUGCUGUGGCUUCCUAUACGCAUUAUUAAGUAUCUCCUGCCUAACUUUCUUCCAUAUAAUGUUAUGCUCUACAGUGACGCUCCAGUAAGUGAACUUUCCCUAGAGCUCCUUUUGCUUCAGGUGGUGCUUCCAGCUUUGCUAGAACAAGGACAUACAAGACAGUGGUUGAAAGGUCUCGUACGAGCAUGGACUGUUACUGCUGGAUACUUGCUGGAUCUCCAUUCUUACCUACUUGGUGACCAGGAAGAGAAUGAAAACAAUGCAAACCAGCAGCCUAACAACCAGCAUGCUCGCAAUAAUAAUGCCAUUCCGGUUGUGGGAGAAGGUCUUCAUGCAGCCCAUCAAGCCAUACUUCAACAAGGAGGACCUGUGGGUUUCCAGCCUUACCGUAGGCCUUUAAAAUUCCCGCUCAGGAUAUUUCUUUUGAUUGUUUUCAUGUGCAUAACAUUACUGAUUGCUAGUCUUAUCUGCCUUACCUUACCAGUGUUUGUGUUUUCAGUAUUUGCUGGCCGAUGGUUAAUGUCAUUUUGGACGGGGACUGCCAAAAUCCAUGAACUGUACACUGCUGCUUGUGGUCUCUAUGUCUGUUGGCUAACUAUCCGAGCAGUGACAGUGCUGGUCGCCUGGAUGCCACAGGGUCGUAGAGUGAUUUUUCAGAAGGUCAAAGAAUGGUCUCUCAUGAUAAUGAAGACAUUAAUAGUGGCUAUACUGCUAGCUGGUGUGGUUCCACUUCUGCUUGGUCUUCUGUUUGAACUGGUCAUUGUCGCACCCUUGAGAGUUCCUUUGGAUCAAACACCUCUCUUCUACCCUUGGCAGGACUGGGCUCUUGGAGUUCUGCAUGCCAAAAUAAUUGCUGCCAUAACACUGAUGGGUCCCCAGUGGUGGCUGAAAACUGUUAUUGAACAGGUAUAUGCAAAUGGGAUUCGUAACAUUGAUUUACACUUCAUAAUCCGUAAACUGGCGGCACCUGUAAUCUCUGUUCUCUUACUUUCCCUGUGUGUACCAUACAUCAUAGCUUCUGGUGUUGUACCUCUAUUAGGAGUUACUGCUGAAAUGCAAAACCUCGUUCAGCGACGGAUUUAUCCUUUUCUGCUUAUGGUGGUGGUUUUGAUGGGAAUUCUCUCCUUCCAAGUCCGCCAGUUCAAGCGCCUUUAUGAACAUAUUAAAAAUGACAAGUACCUUGUUGGGCAACGACUUGUGAAUUAUGAACGAAAAUCUGGUAAACAAGGCACAUCAACAACUCCACCUCAGUCUUCACAAGAAUAGAUGGUCAUAUUAAAUAUCUUGACCUUCCCUUUGCCUUUACAUGUCUCUUUCAUAGACUCUUCUUCAGUCUUUGGAUAUCUCUCCCAAUAAUACUCUCAGCAGUGUUUUGGCUUCUGUUAGUAGCAUCCAGAUAGCAGUUAAGGCUCUCUUCCUUAUCUGCAUUUUCUGAUGUUAUCAAUGCUGUCUGAGGUCUGUAUAUGUGUAAAUAGAAGUAUCCUGACACCCUAAAACCUUGGAUUAAAAAGAAUGUGCAUUGUACAUCUUUUAAAAAAGUAUAUUAAUUUAUUAAAUCUAGUUGUCACUUUAUUUUGGACUGCUGUUCUGUUGACAAUGUGCCACAAAGCAAUAGUGCGAAGAGGCAAGAUGUUUUUAUAAUAUUUGGAGCUUACUUUAUGGUGUUCAUAACAGUUCUUAUUGUAGUAAUAUAGUAUGAUUUUUCAUGAGUGGAAAGGCCACACAGAGAAUAUCAAAAGUAAAUAACUGUCUUACAGUCAGCAAUGAAGUGGCCGUGGUGAGAACAUAAUGAACUAUGUAUCUUGCUGUCAAGUCUUUUUUAUUAUUUUGUAUAACACCAAAGCUGUUGUACAUUUUUCUAUUGCCUGAUCGUUUUUCAUGUGUCUGAGUUUGUAAUAUUGUACAGUUGCUGUUAAAUCAAGAAAAUAUUUCCUCUUCUGAGAAUUCAGAUGUAAUUGUUGAGGCUCA